UAAUUCUUACCUCAUUUUUUCAACAAUGGAGGAGCUGCAGAGGAGAAACGAGGAACUUGAGAGAGAGCUGGUGAUGAGCAUCCAACGAGAAGAGAAGAUGAAGACAGAGCUGCAACGAUUAUGGGAGAAAGUGCGUGUUGCAGAAGAUGCAGAGGAGCGACUUUGCUCCCAGCUCAGCGAUCUCGAGGCAGAAGCUGUAGAUCAGACCCAUGAAUACCGAGCUCAUCUGAUGGCAUUGAUGGAACAGCUCUCGGCUGCUCACAAGCUCAUCGAAUCAGCAACCAUUGACCCUUAAUGAGCGUCUUUCUUACAAUUAGUGCCAUGGGGUCAUGUUAUAAUGUCCGAGACUCAAGUUUGUAAAUUAUAAUAAUGCUGAUUUGUUUGUUUGUUUGUUGUUGUCAAUUAUCAGGUAUUCAGGUAUCAUCGUUAUAAUCUAUGAUAACAAAUAAUCGAUUUUGGAUAUGAAAUCGAAUUUACAAUUUCUAAGUUAA